CUGAUACAUUUUCUCAUGAGUUUCUUCAUUUUCCAGGAGGGAAAGAAAUACUUUGUUGAGCCGGUUAAAACAUCCUUUUUACAGAAUUUUCCUUUCAAUGCCCUAUCAGCUCCUUGUAAGGCAAGUCAAGUUCCAGCUAGUGAUGUCCACCAGUGUUGGAGGUGGGGGAAGCUUCUUGCGGAGGCAUACCGGCAGAUUCCGAUGGACACAGCUGGUGCCUACCGCCUCAUUGAUGAUGAAACUGGUGAGAAUGUGAUAGUUUGGGGUGGCAUCGAUGAUGGUGACUCCUCUAUCCCUUCCAAAGAAGCAAUGUCCUUGAAACCCAAGGGUAGCCCUAAGCAAGGAGGUCGGAAGACUCUGUCUAGCUCGCUUGGAAGUUUUAGUAGAUUGAAGGUCCCCAAAAUAAGGGCAUUGAUGAAGAACUCCUUACAGGUUGGUGUUGAAAACAGUAUUAGCUCCGCAAAAGCUAGUGCUUUUGCUACACUGUUGGAUGAAGCAAACUCUGUGGAUUCAUACACGGACUUUGCAGGAGAAGAAGCAAGCAUAGGCAUGCCUACGGAUGGAGAACCGAAGGGCUUUCCAGUGCCAAAUGUGAGACAGCGAAUUGUGAACUCGAGAGACACCCUUACAAAGGAAUUUGUGAACUCUAGAGACACCCUUACAAAGAAAUUUGGUCUUACUGAUGCACGUGAGUCUUCCUUAGGGGCAAAUCUGCCCUUUAGAAGAUGGAAGGAUGCUAAUACCUCACAAGGCAUUGAUGCUUCCUGGAAGAAACUUCAUAAAAAGUUGCCUCAUGAUAGUGGAUUCUUUAGUAUGAAGAGCUUCAGAGAUGUGGGUUGCAGUGAUUUUAUGAUUGAAUCCCUCGGAAAACAGUCUAUCAUCCGCCCUUCAAAUAUUCAGGCCAUGGCUUAUAUUCCUGUUUUAGAAGGUAAGAGUUGCAUCAUUGCAGAUCAAAGUGGAUCAGGGAAAACAUUGGCAUACCUUGCUCCAGUAGUGCAGCGCCUAAGAGAAGAAGAACUUUCAGGGCUAGGUAAAUCUUCAUCAAGGAGACCUCGAGUUGUGAUUUUGUCACCAACGGCUGAAUUAGCUUCUCAGGUUCUUCAAAAUUGCCGUUCAAUGGCAAAAUCUGGUGUUCCAUUUAGGUCUGUGGUUGCGACCGGGGGAUUUCGACAAAAAACCCAAUUAGAAGCCCUACAUCAAGAAGUAGAUGUCCUCAUAGCAACAGCUGGCCGCUUUAUGUGCUUAUUGCAAGAAGGCCACAUUCAGUUAAACAAUCUGAAGUGUGUUGUUCUAGAUGAAGUUGACAUCUUGUUCGGUGAUGAAGACUUUGAACAAGUGCUCCAAAGUUUCAUCAGAUCUGCACCAUUGUCGGUGCAGUAUCUCUUUGUCACUGCAACACUUCCUGUGGACAUCUACCACAAAUUAAUCGAAAUCUUUCCAGACACUGAAGCAGUGAUGGGGCCUGGGAUGCAUCGUACAAGCUCUAGGCUAGACGAGGUUCUUCUGGACUGCAGUGGGAUUGAGGGAGAGGAAAAGAAUCCAGAGACGGCUUUCCUGAACAAGAAAACUGCUUUGCUGCAGCUUGCGGAAGAAUCUCCUGUUCCAAAAACUAUUGUAUUCUGCAACAAAAUUGAAACAUGCAGGAAGGUUGAGAAUGCAUUGAAACGCUCUGAUAGACAAGGUAUUCACUCGAAGAUUUUGCCCUUCCAUGCUGCCUUGGCUCAAGAACUCAGGCUGUCAAACUUGGUGGAAUUCCUCAAACCUGAAUCAAAGGAAUCAAUGUUUCUCAUCUGCACCGACAGGGCAUCAAGAGGCAUUGACUUUACAAAUGUGGAUCAUGUCAUACUAUUCGACCUUCCUCGCGACCCGAGCGAGUAUGUCCGACGUGUCGGAAGGACAGCUCGAGGAGCUAUGGGAAGAGGCAAGGCAUUUGUGUUUGUGGUAGGCAAGCAGGUUGCUUUGGCCAAGAGGAUCAUCGAAAGAAAUAAGAAAGGGCAUCCCUUGCACGAUGUACCAAAAGCAUAUCAUUUGCAGAGCUCAGUGUUAUAGGCUUUAGCAGACUGCAGCAUCUUCUGUGCACUUACAAUGAAAAGAAAAUUCAUAAAUGGCCUUCUUCACAACACAGUUGCUAUAGCUGCUCAUUAUGCUUCCUUCAUAAUCUUGCGGAUAUCAGAUCGUCCGGAGGCGAAUCAGAACGUGUUAUAUCUUCUUUUUGUUGUGUACCGCAGUUAUAUGCCCACCGUGUAUCAGGUGAUGUAACAUCGCGCACUCUGAUUCAACUCCGGAUCAUUAUGAGAGCAAAGGUAUUUCUGAGGAGUAUAAUUUUUAAUAUUUAAAAAGAAAAAGGUUGGUGAGUUUAGAUA